AUGUCGCGGUUUUCUAUACGUCCCCGACCAAGGGACUCCGUGUUUGCCUCAGGCCCAGACGCUUAUCGGGGUGACAGAGACGCAAUAUGCAGCCCAAACCUCUUCGACUGCGUCUCAGCUAUGGAAUCCUGCGCGGAACAAGUGACGGAUGCCCAGCAGCUUCUCAGGAACGGGACGUAUGAUCUGCCGAGGAUGAACAGGGUGCUGGAGAACCAGAAGGUAUUUUUGCUGGUGGAUGACGGGACGGUGCGGAAGUACAAGGCAGAUCUGGCGGAGGAGAUCGAGCCGCAGAUCAACGAGCUCAUAUCUCGAGCCGAGAAGGGUCUCAAAGCGCUGAGAAAGAAGCAGAGCACCCUACAAGCUCAGACGGCUCAGUCACGACCGUCAUCGCGCGCACGGCCAGCAGUGGGUACGACGACAGCCGCUGACAAGCUGCAGAAUCGACGCCUGCAGAUGUUGGUUCAGCAGAGAGAGCGGCUAGAGAAGGAGAUGGCACUCCUACAGCAGGACGUG